AUGUUGCAAGCCCUGAGCCGCCGCGGUGUCCGCGCCCUGAGCACGUCCGCGUCCAUUCUCCCCGAGUUCAACGUCCUCUUCGAGGACAUCAAGGCCGAUGCGGCCAAGAACAAGCUUAUCAAGGUCUCCAAGCUCACGAACCUCUUCAAGACGGCCACGUCGAAGGCCGACCUCGAGCUGAGCACGGAAGCGCUCAAGAUCUACGAGCGCAAGCACAUCGACCCGAUUGAGGUGACGGCCGGCGAAUUUGUCAAGGCGUGCAUCCAGCACGACGCCGCUGACGUCGCUGUCUCGGCGCUCUCGCAGAACCGCCGCAUUGGCCUCUUUGUGAACGCUGGCUCGCUCAACAAGCUCCUCGUGCACUUCAAGAACGCCAAGGACGACGCGAACCUCAUCGCGGUCUUUGACGAAGCCAAGAAGUUUGAUAUUCGCUACAACCCGGUGUCGUACCACUUGGCUAUCAGCGCGCACCUCCGCUCGGGCGACGUCGAGAAGGCCCUCGCGGUCCUCGAAGCCGCUGCUGCGGCCAAGAAGAUCGACUCCAAGACUGUCAACCACGUCCUGUUUCAGCUGACCAAGUCCGAGGCGGCGGACCAGGUCGAGGCCGUCGUUGCGCUCCUCAAGAAGCACAACGUGGCCCUCGAUGAAUCGGGUGCCAAGCUGGCGUCUGCGUAG